CUGGGUGGGAUAAUUUCUUGGGAACUUUGUUUCUAUUGGCCAUUGAUGAAUCAGAUGUUAGCUCUUAGACUCCCUAACAACCUCUUUAAAGCCACAAUCACAAACACUACUGGACAUUCUAAAGCACAGAACCUAUCCUUGCUCCUUCCAACAUCCGGAACAUGCUUGUAUGCGCUCUCAAACUAUCACUGAAAUGUAAGACCUGGGCUCGCAUACAGGGCUCCUUUAGACACCGCUGUACACAUCUGGUCCUGAGUGCAGCUUGUUCCUCGGCUACUGCAGUGCCUGAAGGGGCCCUAUUACCGCUGUGAGUCUGCAUCCUUCGUACAGCGUACUUAUCCAUCACGCAGUUAGUGCCGACGCUCUAAACUGACUGUGUGGGGCGUCGUAUAGCCUAAAUACGGGCCAUCGUCUUUUGGGGACUAUAGGACCCAGAGGUCCAAUGGAUUUUGGAUAACUAGGGCCUUCGUUGCCAAAACGAGACUACUGUAAACCUGCAGUCGCGUGCCCCAGUUUCUAGUAGCCUAAAUAGACGUUCCAGAUUAACUGCACCAUUUCCCGCUUAAUAGCCACGUCUCUUUUGUAAGGCUACAUUAUUUAAAAAGUUAUCGCUCUGCCUGUCCUGCUUGUACACUAAUAUAACCCUGCUCCAGCUAUAGAGUCACAUUCUCAUCAACUAUUAUUAUAAUCAUCACCACUUCUCCGAUUUUAGUUUAGGCCUAUAUACAGUUUAUCUCUACGUUACACCAACAAACCAGCAACUCAACACCGAUGAACAGCAGCUAUAAUCAAAUAGUGCUAAAUGAAUGUCGUCAUAUGUUUGUUAUUGUUAUUGCUUGUAUUGAUUGGGCCUACAUUAUUAUUACUUCUGCUGUUACCGAUAUAUGUCUUUCUUCAUAUCAUAUUUCGAACCUAAUUUUAGAUUGUCAUUACGUAGUGCCUUAUCUUUGUAUUUUGAAAACUUGACAACACUUAUCACUUAGCCUACUUCUUUCGCUUCCUCACUCCGAGGACAUUAUUGAUGGAAGGAAAUGGGUGUGGGGAAGAUGCCGAGCAAGGCCAAGGGAAAUAAUUUCAUUUUCCCUUUGUUAUUUAUCCAUGUAAAAUGAACGAACAUUCCUAAACAAAAAGAUCAAGUUUAUUUCGCCUAUCGUCAGACAUUCUUUGAAAAUGUAUAUUCUAAUCUGCGUUUAGAUUACAACAUGUGUUUAGAUUACAACAUGUGUUUAGAUUAAAACAUGUGUUUAGAUUACAACAUGUGUUUAGAUUACAACAUGUGUUUAGAUUAAAACAUUUGUUUAGAUUACAACAUGUGUUUAGAUUACAACAUGUGUUUAGAUUACAACAUGUGUUUAGAUUACAACAUGUGUUUAGAUAACAACAUGUGUUUAGAUUAAAACAUGUGUUUAGAUUACAACAUGUGUUUAGAUUACAACAUGUGUUUAGAUUACAACAUGUGUUUAGAUUACAACAUGUGUUUAGAUUACAACAUGUGUUUAGAUUAAAACAUGUGUUUAGAUUACAACAUGUGUUUAGAUUACAACAUGUGUUUAGAUUACAACAUGUGUUUAGAUUACAACAUGUGUUUAGAUUACAACAUGUGUUUAAAUUAUGACAUGUGCUUACAUUACAAUAUGUGUAUAGAUUAUUUUCAAACAUACCUAUAAUUUUUCUGCUCCUCCUUUUCCUGUUCUGAAAAUGGACUUUAGUUAUCCAUAUUUGCAAAAAAACUAAAGCAAAAUGUAUAUUAUUGUUAUGCAAUUCAUGUUUUCUAGAGAUGAGGCUAUUCAUUACACACAGCUGCAAGAUUUGAUGCAGAUUUUUUUUGUGCCUAAUUAUCUAAUUAGCAUAAUUCAGUCAUAAUUUGUUGAUCAAAACCUGGGUUAUUUUCAUUCAGACUUCUAAAAUUAUUUAUGGAAUUUCACUUGAGGGGUGAAGUGUUGUCUAUUGAGACUACUGUAGUGUAGCCUACUUUCUGUCGUCAUCUAAAAGACGAAACUUACGUUGUUUCAAAUGCCAAUUUUUUUGCGUAUCUAACAUUUAUGAAUGACUGCCUUUCUAUUAGGUUGGAUUAUAACUGCAGGUUGUGACGGCUCUAUGCAUAUCAGUAAACUAAGCUUCACCUGUUAAAUGAUUAUUAGUGAUAAACACAUUUGCAAUUUAUUCAAAUGUCCAAAGAGUUGAUUCAUAUAGGAUAUUCCAACAUGGUUUAACGAAAUAUUUAACUACAUUUAAGGUUCUAGACAUAUACAUUUUUCUUGUACUGUACGUGUUUUAUUCCCAACGCGAAGGUUAAUGAGGAUAACAUUGAAUACAGAUUUCUCUCUAUACUCUCUAUCAGUGGAGAGGUUGCAUAUUCAGUAUACACUGCGUUUCUUGUUGUAUUGUUUGGGGAGACCAUGCUUUUGCCGCAAUGGUCGUUAACCUCUGAACGACCCCGUUCGGAGCCCACGCCUCAAACACUGUCGCAGGCAGUGCCAGACUGCGACCAGAAGAUGGCGCGCGACGACAAUCCAAGAGACGCAACCCGGGCCCCGCGAGCGCCCUGCUAGGCGCAUACCCAGGCGCGCCUCCCUAACAUCCCACCAAGAUUUCCUAUUUGUGCACGAGUUUACCUCUGGAGGUCAUCAAGCAGGAUUUACGACUGGUCAACAAAAGCACGUGAUUCUCAGCCGUACCCCAUAUUUGGGUGCCUACGUAAGAGAGAAUCAAGUACAUGUUCUACUCAUUUCCAUAAUUCAUCAUAAAUUGUGCAAGGGUGCUAUAGAACGCGCAAAACCAUCAAGAGCCACAAAUCAAGUACACACGUUAUUACUUUCUCCACAAAAAAUCAACAAAUACCUGCUAAACAACAAUAUUGGAAUUAUCAACCAAUGAGCUCCUAUUUUGUAAACUCAUUCUGCGGUCGCUAUCCCAAUGGCGCGGAUUUCCAGUUACAUAAUUAUGGAGACCACAGCUCUGCAAACGAGCAAUACAGGGACCCCACGACCAUGCAUUCCAGCAGGUACGGUUAUGGCUACAACGGGAUGGACCUCACUGUCAGUCGCGGUAACGGGCACUUUAUGGCCAGCGUGCGGCCACAGGGCUACUCCCCGAACCAGUCGGUGGCGACAACAACGUCCUCGGUCGAGACGCCCAGGUACACCCAGCCCGCGAGCGCCACCGAGACGACGUCCCUCUCGCCUCCACCUGACCCGCUCCCGUGCUCCUCCUCUGUCGCGAGCUGCUCGUCUCCGGUCAGCGAGUCUCAACCUCAACACCGAGACAUAAAGAACUCCAUAACGAGCCCCUGCACGACCCCGAGUUCGAAUGGAGGCACGCUGUUGAACCGGGUGUGUGUAUCCAAAGCGUCCCCCCUCCAGGAAGAGAAGCCCGCGGGAAGGGCGCAGACAACUUCCCAAAAUGUCACCGACGGUGCCCAGCCCCAUAUUUACCCCUGGAUGAGGAAACUGCACAUAAAUCAUGACAGUCUGACCGGACCAGAGGGAAAGAGGGCGAGGACAGCCUACACGCGUUACCAGACACUGGAGCUCGAGAAAGAGUUUCACUUCAACCGUUAUCUGACCCGCAGACGGAGGAUCGAGAUAGCGCACGCGCUCUGCCUAUCAGAACGCCAGAUCAAAAUCUGGUUCCAGAACCGGAGGAUGAAGUGGAAAAAGGACAACAAACUAAAAAGCAUGAGCAUGGCAGCGGCAGGGGGUAUAGGUUACCACCAUCCCUGAUAUUCGGUUCCCCGAUGAGCACUAAUAAAAUAAUACAAAUCUUGGGAAAACUUCCCAUCAUGUCAAAAGCCCAAGAGACUUUCCGAGGGCUUCUUAGGACAGUGAACAUCCACGUGUCCAUGCAAGCUCCAGCCUUUAAAAAUAAUUUCCUCUUUAUUUAUUUUAUUUUGACCAUGAUAAUGCUUGUGUGAGUAAAAAAAAAUUACUUGCGUUCUGUAAAUGUUUGUCUUAAAGGAAAAACCAAUGGGAAAUACAUGUUUGUUUAACUUAUUUCUUGUUAAAAAUGGAAAAAACUUACCACAAAUAAGUCUAUUAACUAUCCAAUAAAAGUUGUGUAGCCUAUUGCACUCAUAAAACAGUAUAGGAAAUCAAAUAAAUAAUGACCUGAUAAGAAAUGUAGUUGCUUUUGUGUAUAGCCUUUGUUUUAUAUGUAUGUAUGUAAGUAGGCCUAUGUAUUUAUUUGUUGAAUGUAUUGUACCAAACUCAGAUAACUUGUUCCUUAUUGUAGACACACUUAAUAAGCCCUAUGUGAUUGUUGUGCGUUGUGAACACGUGAUGGAACCGCAGUUCCGACCCAGUGUGUGUAGCUGUGCCUAUGUAUCCUUCUUUUGCACGAGCUGCUGUAAAGUUGUUUCACCUGGCGCAUCUUCUUACAAUGUGUUUCUGUCUUUUGUGUGUACGUUUUUUCCCUCGUUAGUUUGGAUGGGAAGGGUUACAUAGUGGAUCCCAUCGCGUAAGCGCCAUCGUGAUAUAAGCUUUUUAUAAAUGUUUUUAAAGAAUGACUGGAAAAUUAAAAUAAUAUUGUUAUGGUGACGCUGAUUAUAAUAAACUUUCUACGGGAACAACA